AUGAAUUACGAGAAUUAUGAUCCUUCCUUUCCUGAUCAACCGGUGGUUGAUCUCUACCUUCCUGUCUGGGCUAACCUGCCUGCAUUCCAGUCCAGGCCAGCUUUCAUUUGGGUGGAAGAUGGUUCGGUCGAAGCAACCGAUGCUUCAUUGUCCCUCACUUAUUCUCAACUCAAUAGCUCGGUCAAUACCAUUUCUUCUCAGUUACUCGGUCACUUACAAAGAAGGGACACAGUUGUCAUUCUAUGCUCUCCCGGGCUUGAACUCGUGGAGAUCAUCUUUGGUUGCCAAAGAGCUGGUCUUUUGAGCGUACCCAUUUUCCCACCCAGUCCCUCUUUUACCAAUGGAAAUCAUCACCACCUUGUGAGAGUUUUAUCACAAACAAAGCCCAAAGCUGCCAUAGCUCACUGCAGUUACAUCACCAAGAUUCACCAAUACAUUUCUUCGUCCUCAAACAAUACAGAGCUCGUAAAGUUGUUACAGAAUCUAAGAUGGAUUUCAACAGACCACCUUAAAACCAAAACGGUGGACUUAAGGAGUUCUGGUUCUUCGUCCCAUAAUGGUUGCAAAUCCAACGAGUUGUUUUUGAUUCAGUACACAUCAGGUGCAACUGGAAUACCAAAGCCGGUGCUCAUAACUGCAGGAUCGGCAGCUCAUAAUGUAAGGACAGCGAGGAAAGCCUAUGAUCUUCACCCGAACAGCAUGAUCGUGUCGUGGUUGCCUCAGUACCAUGAUUGCGGUCUCAUGUUUCUUCUGCUGACCAUUGUUUCUGGUGCCACAUGCGUUUUAACCUCACCAAACGCCUUCAUCAAACGGCCAAGGCUAUGGCUCGAGCUCAUUUCAAACUUCAGCGCGACUUGCACUCCGGUUCCUUCCUUCACAUUGCCACUAGUAGUCAAGCGAGGUGGUAUUGAGAAAGGAACUUCGAAAAUAAACCUGUGGAGUAUGAGAAACCUGAUCAUCAUAAAUGAGCCCAUUUACAGAGAUCCUAUUGAACAAUUUGUGAAUGCAUUUAGGCCUUUGGGUCUGAACCCAUCAUCGAUUGCUCCAUCUUAUGGCUUGGCCGAGAAUUGCACUUUCGUUUCGACUGCAUGGAGAUCAGGGAAUAACAAUAGUUCUGUUUUCCCCAACAUUCCAUCCCACAAUAAGCUCUUGCCGAGUGCAAGGCUAGCUCAUGGUGGUAAUCAUGAUGAAAUUGAAGAAGACAUGGAAAUUGUGGUUGUGAAUGAAGAAACACAAGAAGCCGUUGAGGAUGGAAUCGAAGGUGAAAUAUGGGUUUCAUCUCCAAGCAAUGGUUCUGGUUAUCUGGGUCAUCCUUGUUUAACUAGGGAGGUUUAUAACGGGAGACUAAGAAACAGAGUCAGUCGGUGCUUUCUUCGAACAGGUGAUAGGGGUAUUGUUAAAGGUGAUGAGAGAUAUCUGUUCGUGACUGGUCGAUGCGAGGACGUUAUCAAGGUUUCAAACAUGGAGGAGGAAAUCCAUCCACAUUACGUAGAAACUGCAGCUUAUAAUAGUUGUCCAAGGUUUCUCAGAGGGGGUUGCAUGGCUGCUAUGGGAAUUUCGAACAAGAUUGUUCUUGUUGCAGAGAUACAGAUAAUUAAGGAGAAAGAUCAGAAUCAGAAUAAGGUUUUGAAGCGAAUAUGCGAAGGGAUCAGGAAAACCGUGUUGAGGGAUGAGAGGGUCGAAGUUGAAUUGGUAGUUCUUGUUGAGAGUGGGAACGUACCAAAAACCACCUCAGGUAAAAUACAAAGAUGGGCUGCUAAACAGAAGCUGAUUGGAGGGCAAAUGAGCGUUGUGAUGGAGAUGGGUUUUGGAGUUUAUGGUGGAUUUGAAAAUAAAGGGGAAGGAAAUGGAGGUUUAAUGGAGGGAAUGAAUGAAGGACAAGGUGUUCUAGUAGGGUCAGAAAAUUAUAUUUUUUUGGGUUCAAAUGCUGUACCUCGACGUUCCUCGUUGCUCUCUCUGUUAUGA